CUGUCAAAGUUGCAAACUAAGAGGAAGCUUAUGGACUACGAUGAACCACUUCCCCUUAUAGAAAGGUCGGAGAUCAUUAUCUUUUCCGAUUUGUCGGAUGAGCAAGAUCAAAACCUGACGACAUCGCUUGCCUUCUACGGCUACGCAAUUCUAUUUUCAACCUGGCUUUUGUUUCUUAUUACUUUCAAUUCAUUAUUCAGCGUCUGGUCUUACGUUAUUCAGCCACUUUCGUAUAAUCCAGAAUCGAAAGAGCUACACAAUAAAUUGUCAUACAUAUUUGAGAGUCUUGAUAAUUAUGUUUUGAGUUUUUGGUGUAUAUAUAUUGUAAUUUGGUGGUGGUCGAUUAUAUCAUGGUGUGGUCUUAAACUCUUUAGACAUUCCAAGGGAAUCCAGAGUUAG